AUGAACCAAAAAAAUAAUAAAAUCGAAGUAGUAGAAGAACAAACACAAUAUGUUAUUGACCUAAAUGAUCCUAUUCAUAUGAUUGAAAAUGAACCAAAAAAUACUAUAACCGAAGAGGUAGAAGAACAACAGAUUACUGGCAUUAUGGGAGAAGAAAAUGUAAAUAUUCCUGAGGUUAAUGUCAACCAACGGCUAAUAAGUGAAAUGUCACAUUAUUCGAGAAAUAAAAAUGAACAUCGUCUGUACUUAUCGCCUAUGCUGUCAGUAAACAAAAUGUAUGAACUAUAUAAGAACCAGUGUUCUGAACAAAAUCUGCAAUUUGUCAAAAACAGUCGAUACAGACAAAUUUUUGUUUCCGAAUUUAACUUUGGUUUUGGAUCUCCAAAAUCAGAUACCUGCAAGGUUUGUGACUCUAAAAAUAAUGACGAACACGUUAGGCGCUACAAAGCAGCAUUUGAAGAACAGAAAAAAGACAGAAAUUUGGCAAAUGAGGGUACCAUUGUGUACAUAAAUUUUGAUAUGCAAAAAACAUUGCCUUUACCAAAGCUGUCUACCAGUGUUGCCUUUUAUCUUAGACAAGUGUGGCUAUAUAAUUUGGGUAUUCAUUGUGUAAGUAAAGGUGAUAGUUUUGGUAAUGGGUUUUUUCACCUCUGGACUGAGGACAAAGGUGGUAAAGGUCCAGAAGAAGUGGGAAGUAGUAUUUUAUCGUUCUUUCAAAACAUUAAUAUUGAAAAUAUUCAUUUAGUAGCCUGGAGCGAUUCUGCAGGUGGACAAAAUAAGAACUUUUUUAUAGAUUGUUUAUGGCAUUACCUAGUCACGCCAAGGGACUUUUAA